AUGAGUGCAAGUAGCGGUGCCCUGCAAGGGGCACCGAUGGAAUUUGAGAAUGGCGAGGCAUCGAAUAGAAGCACAGAAGGUGACAGAAAACAAGAUGGCGCAGGAAAUCCGGAGAACAAACAAAUAGAGAAGAAGAAUCGUUUAAAUAGAGAAUACGUGAACUACAACUACAAACACAAUGAUGAUGGACCGUUUAAAGUAAUAGUAGAAAAGAUAUUCGAAGAAAAUUACAAAUACAACGGAAUAAACAAAGUUGCAGUGGGAUUAAUGCUAAAACAAAAUGGCUUCUCUAAAGCGAUAUUGGAUAUAAAGAAAACAGGAAAAGCUAAAGUGCUUGUGUAUUUGAUAGAUUGGAAGGAAGCAAACAGACUAACGACGUGUCAGAACCUUAACAUCAAACGGUACAAAGCGUACAUACCGAAAGGAUUCGUGACAACGAAAGGGGUAAUAAACGGAAUCCCAGAGGAUAUUGAAGCUGCGGAUUUGAUUACAGAAAUUCAAACGGAUAAGGAGGUGAUGGAAGUAUUUAGAAUGACCAGAUGGACGGUUGAACAUGAGCAACGAAUUCGAGUUCCAACUAGCAAGGUAGGAUUGGUUUUCAGAACUAACAAAUUACCAACACAUGUGAAGAUUUUCUCGGUCAACAUGAAGGUAAUGCCAUAUAUCACGAAAACAGUCAUGUGCAACCAAUGUUUAAGAUACGGCCAUGUAACAGACAGCUGUAAAGGAAAACAAAAAUGUAUGAAUUGCGGGGGAAGUCAUGAAGAAGCAGAAUGCAAUAACGAUAUCCAGUGUGCCAAUUGCAGGGGACCACAUAAAGCCACGGAUCGCCAAUGCCCCGUCCGUGAAAAGCAAACGGAAAUCAAAACCUUGAUGGCCACCAAGAGUCUGACAUAUUACGAAGCACAACAAGCAACGAGAAUACCGGUACAGAAUGGAUAUAGCAUCUUGGAACACGCUGAUGAGUUUAUGACGAUCAAAGAAAGCUAUCUCGCAGCAGUGAACCACGGCAAACAACAAACGGGACGAGUGAGUGCUACAAACUCGUACAAAAAAGAAAAUUCUAAACAAAAUGAAUCUAAAAUCUCAAAAGGUCGCGAAACAACACACGAAAGCGAUGAAAAAAUCCGAGGAGUGAAACGGAAGGCUAGAAAUGAUUUAACAAUAGAAACAGAAACAAUUACGUUACAAAAACAUCUUGAGUUACGACAAAAAUGGGAAAAUAAAAUAAAGGAAUUGGCAACCCAAAGGGAAACGUACAAGCAAACGACCAAUGUGAUAUUCAAAGAGUUAACAGUUGCUCUGAUGCAGAACGAUGGAAAUGGGUACCAACGAUUAAUAGAACAUCUCAAAGGUAUGGCAAUAACGUUAGGCUAUAUUGAGGAGGAGAAACAGUCGAAUUCCUCCGCGAAUGAUCAGCAAAUUCAAGGUAUUACAGAAUAA